GGGACAUAAAAAAUGAAAUAUUGCAUUCCGUAACGGGUUCCCUGUGGCUGUUUCCAUGCUCUCUCGGUCGGCUCGUUACACGUGAGAGAGCGAAGCGCAAAGCUACAUUUGUUGGUUCUGUCAGAUUGCUGUCCUUUGCUUCGUCUGAUUUUGAAUUCUCCCUUUAAAAUCCAAUUCCAAGAACUUCAAAAUUCCUUCAGGAACAGAUAUAUUUUGAAUCACCAUGGAAAACUCAUCCAGCCCUUCAAAGGUGUUCAUYGAACGUGAUAGGUGCGGGCUAUAUGGCCUGCAUGUUAGUAAUAUUCCACCAGAUUUCAACGAGAAUGACUUAAGAGAUUUAUUUUAUACAUCAGGCUACAUAAAAGUUUGCAAAAUUAUUAAAGCUCCUGACGACAAGCGUGUGGCUUUUGUGAAAUUUGCCACCYAUGAWGAGGCUGCAAUGGCUUUAAARAAAUGUAAUAAGACAAAAAUUAGUGAUUACAUUCUUGAUGUGCGUCCUGCUUACGAGUCACAGCGAGCGAGAAGCUAUCGUCACAGCAAAGACAAAUCAAGUAGCUCAGAAUCACUAUCAAAGCAGGAAACCAGAAAUCAGAAAAGUCCAGGAAAUCUUUCUAAUGGUAUUCCAACACCUGAAAGCAAGAAAGCAGAACAGAGAGACGAGAGAGAGAUGGCCAGUAAGUCUANUACACAAGCUCCAAGAACAUACGUCCUCCCUUCUACUUCACAAGAUAUUAGGUUUAGUAAUAAUGGAAAUCAAUAUAUUAACGGUUCUGAAAGUUUACAUGUAAACAAGACACCUGUCAAUCCAUCAACCUUUAACAAGUCACCAACUGCAAAACCUAAGGAUACUCCAAAGCACACUGGUAUUGCAGCCAGCUUUGGUGGACUUAAAAAAACAGAGUCGUCACAUCCUGUCACUAAACCUAAAGUGGAUCCUUCAAAUAAACCAAAGGAUCACUCAACAAUUAAUCAUAUAACAAAAUACUUGGAAAAAACAAAUUUGGAUAACUCUCAUAAAAGAGGUCAAUAUAUGCAGCACCAGAACACCARUUCACAGCAUACAAAUAUAGAACAUUCUCACCAAAAACAGCAGCACUUAAAACAACCCAAGGAUAACGUCAAUGCAGAAGACUCAAAUUUAGAUAAUUUGCAUCAAAGAGGUCAACCACCACAUAGUACAAAUGUAUCUAAAUGGUCRGUAGCUGAGGUGGCUAAGUACUACAAAAAUCAAGAGGAGUGUUCUGAGGCCAUGGUUGCUUUUAUUGAGGAACAGGAAAUUGAUGGSAAUGCAUUGAUGCUAAUUGAAGAAAGCUCUCUACUUUAUUUCAUGAAGCUAGGACCUGUCUUGAAAUUUUUAAAUCUGAGAGAAAAGCUGAAGAACAAGAGCUGACAAUUGAACUUGCUGUAUGAUAUUAUUGUGAAAGGAAUUCCUUUUCUUUGUUCAUGUUCAUAAGAUCAUUUUAAAAGUUUGGUUUUGCAACCAAUUCACAUACUUCUUUGAAGUUGUAUGUCAUGUUAGUGAUGGAUUUGAAUGCUGAUUUAAUGUUUACAUAUGAAAUAAGCUAAUGCAAAUCUUUAUCUUUCUCGAA